AUUGACAAUGUUUGAUUUAAAUGUAGGGGCCGCGUGGUUUGGAUGGAGCGGCUGGCGAUAUUGGAGCACCUGGAUUCGCAGGCCCCCGAGGUGAGGCGGGCCCACAAGGCAAGCCCGGAAUGACGGGCCCUCAAGGAUUGACAGGUCCUGCCGGUAAAACUGGAGUCCAAGGAGCUGCAGGACCCGAAGGACCAGCUGGAGGAACAGGACCAACUGGCGAGAAAGGAAAUACGGGUCCAGAGGGUGAGGUUGGACCUGUCGGUGCUCAAGGUAGACCUGGAGCUGAUGGGCUUCCAGGGGAUGCCGGACCUGUUGGUGAGCGUGGACCAAAAGGCGAAACGGGAGAGGAUGGGCAAGCUGGAAUUCCCGGACGAGAUGGUCCUUCAGGAAUGAGGGGACCCUCUGGGGAUCCGGGCAGUGCUGGAGCUCCUGGGCCGCCAGGGCCGAUGGGUGAUUCUGGCGGACGGGGACCCAGAGGCCAAAAUGGACCACCUGGAGAUCGAGGCAGUCCUGGAAAAGAUGGCCCCCCUGGAAUAUCUGGUUCACCAGGAGAACAGGGUCCUCCAGGGAUUUCAGGAGCCAAAGGCGACCGCGGAGAGACUGGAGCGGCUGGGCAACAGGGACCCCAGGGCGGACAGGGCCCGCAAGGCCAAACUGGAUCCAAGGGACCUAGAGGGGCGAAAGGUAGCACGGGGAACAGCGGCCUUGAUGGUCCAAAGGGAGAAUUUGGAGAAAAGGGACCUGCUGGUGAAGACGGACCUCCCGGAGCUCCCGGUAGAGACGGUUUACCUGGCCAGCCUGGAAUAAAGGGUCAACAAGGACCAAUGGGUCUGCCCGGUCUGCCAGGUCCCCAGGGCGCUCAGGGGAGCAAAGGAGAGGCGGGUUAUCCCGGCAUGCAAGGCGGUGCGGGUUCUCCUGGGCCUGUAGGAGCCGCGGGAGAUCCUGGCCCUGCUGGUAGGGACGGUCUAGAUGGAGCAGCAGGCAUUCCCGGUCCCCAAGGUUCAAAAGGAGCCACAGGCCCGCCGGGAACCAAUGGUCAGCCGGGUGUCAUCGGUGCCCGGGGCGCUCCAGGUUUUCGUGGUGUAAAGGGAGAAAAGGGUAAUAUGGGACCUCAAGGAAUUGCCGGUGUCGCUGGCGCCCCUGGACCAAUGGGCGCUGCUGGCCAGCAAGGAUCUGUCGGAGCCAAGGGAGUUGCCGGACGAAAGGGCGAGGCUGGAGCACAGGGACCUGACGGAGAAAGAGGCCCCACUGGAAAAGACGGUGCACAAGGCGCACAGGGACUGCAAGGAGAAACUGGGGUCAAGGGUCAUAAGGGAAAUCGUGGUCCCAUGGGACCUGUUGGCGUCUCUGGAUCCAAAGGACCAAAGGGUGAUAUCGGAGAAGAGGGUCCGAGAGGGUCGAGAGGACAAAAAGGCCCGAGGGGAGUUAAAGGCGAAGUUGGUCCCCCGGGUCCUGCCGGCGUUCAGGGAGUACAGGGGAGAUCUGGCGGACCUGGUUCCAAAGGACCUGGCGGUGAUCAAGGUAUCAAGGGAAGAGCAGGUGCACCAGGUCCCCCAGGCCCUCCCGGCGACCCCGGAGCGGUUGGCGGCCUAUUUGGGGUAAGUUCCCUUUAAUACGGCAAUUCUUUU